UUGUGAUUAGUCAGCUGGCCGUCGUCGAAUGUAAACGCGAGAUUUCCCCGUUCCUUUUAGUCGCGCUUUGUGCCUGCAUCUGCAUCCAUGAUGCACUUUUACCUACUCUGAAUCGCAUUUUAAUCAUCAAGAGCGCAUUGUGUGCAUGUCACGCGAGUUAAUCAAAUUAGUUUAUCAGUUCGCUCAGUGCGUCGUAGCGUCGUCGUCCGCCCAUCGAUCCGCGAGCAGCAUCGUCAACUUGACCUAGAAGGAGGCAGUCGAGCGAUUUGCGUUUUGAUUUCGCUUAUCACCGAGCGAUGUGUUGUUCUCUGUGAUAACUCCUUUGAGGAGCGUGCGAUCCGUAAUAAGGGCAUUGCUUUGUGUUCCAUCCCAGUCGGAGAGAGCACGGAGGAAGUGAAUGCGGGACCGUUUACUGUCGUGGGUGCGCUUCAGAUCGCGAGGUGAUAGUACGGCGAUGGAUUAUGCAACGAGAACAACCCGCAGGCCGCUGCUCCAGGACGAGGAUGAGGAGGACAGCGAGGCCACCUUCGUGGACGACAACAUUUAUGCGGGAUCUAUCAAUGCAGGCUCGGUGAGCAACAUUCCAACGACGGCCACUGUGGGGAUUAGAAGUGGAGUACGGAACCGCACUGGCGAUGACGGGAGUCUGCGGGUAGCACCGGUGGACAAGUACAAUUUUACCUAUGCAGUAUUCUAUCUACUCGGCAUGACGACCCUACUGCCGUGGAACUUUUUCGUCACUGCCGAAGAGUACUGGCACUACAAAUUCCGCAACAUAUCAAGCAACGAUACCAACGUGCUGACGCCCCGGCAACUGGAGUUUCAAUCGGAUCUCAGCAUAGCGGCAUCGGUGCCCAGCACAUUAUUCCUUCUACUUAAUGCCGGCUUCGGUCACUACAUUUCGCUGCGGGUACGAAUGGCCGGUUCACUGGUGAUGAUGUUUUUGAUAUUCAUCGGAACGACGGCCCUAGCGCAAGUCGACACCGAUCAGUGGCAGGAUGCAUUCUUCUUGCUCACACUCACAUCGGUUGUCGUUGUGAAUGCAUUUUCGGCCAUCAUGUCCGGCAGCCUGUUCGGAAUUGCGGGUCAAUUCUCGUCCGAUUACAUGUCGGCGGUAGUGAGCGGCCAAGCGCUCGGUGGGAUAUUCUCUGCGCUAGCUGAGAUCAUUGCCCUAACAUUCGGCGCCGCUCCGACCGUAACGGCCUUUGUGUUCUUCAUAGUGGGAACGCUGGUGCUCCUGUGCUCUCUAGUGCUGUACGUGGUGAUGUCCAAAACGUUGUUCUUCAAGUACUACACCUCGCCUCGAACGUUGAUGAAAAGCUCUCUGGAUGUGGACGAUAUGACACGGGAGCUACUUCCCCGACAGGAACCCACUUUUAUGGGCGUACUACGAAAGAUUUGGCUUUUUGGAUUCUCCGAGUGGCUGGUGUUUGUAACGACGCUAUCCAUCUAUCCAGCCGUCACCAUAUUGGUCGGUUCGCAAUCUCAAAGUCAUCCUUGGAAGGAUGUAUACUUUUUACCCGUUGUCAACUAUCUCCUAUUCAACACCGGUGACUACCUCGGAAGGGUUUGCGCCGGUUCACUAGAAUGGCUGUCUAACAGCCCGUUCCUGCUGAGCGUGGCCACCAUCAGUCGUAUUGCAUUUGUCCCGAUGAUGCUACUAUGUAACAUCCGUCCGCAUCACAGCUUUCCGGUAAUGAUCCACUCGGAUUACAUCUUUAUUGCGCUGAUGGCGGGAUUUUCGCUGUCCAACGGUUACAUUGCCAACAUUGCCCUAAUUGGAGCCCCGAAAGCAGUGGAUCAGGAAGAGAAAGAGAUGGCCUCUUCGAUGAUGGCCGCCUUCCUGGGAGUGGGACUGGCUUGUGGUUCCACGAUCAGUUUCAUGAUAAUCGAGAUGAUCAAGUGAGCAUCCGGCGAGCGAGAGAAGGGCGCGUGAGUUCAGGGUAAGUCUACACACUGACAGAUCUGCGAUAUUGAAGUUAAGAUUUAUAGUUCAGAAAGAGGAAGAAUGUGUUUUUGACCAAGCAAGAACUUAUAUAUGUAGGAUAUGUUUUGAAAUAAUGGCUGAUAUUAUAUUUGGCGGGAGGGUACUUGUUUUAUCUCUAGGAUUUAGUUAUCAUAUUUAUAAUAGCGAACCCAAUCAAAAUCACUGUCUACACUGGAGUAUAUGCCGGAAUAUACAAUAGCAAUGCUUACAACAAAUGUAAUGUCGUCCAUGGA